AGUGUGUGUCCAUGAGUGUGUGUUGCUUGUUUGACAUUUUGUGUUAAACCAAAACUCUCUAAUAUAUUACAGAGCUUUUUUGCCCCUAAGCCUUGGGGGUUGUCAACAUGAAUGUUGAAAUCACCGACAAUUAUUAAACAAUCAUAAUCAAUGCAUAUGAGAGAUAGAAGUUCAUUCAAGUCCGUAAAGAAAUUUUCCACAUAUGUUGGAGUUUUGUAUAAAGUUGGUGUCAAAGUUCGUUUGUGGCCUUUUACCUCAAUUCCAAGAUACUCAAGAGACGUCAUGCUCUGCACAAACAUGGUCAUUAUGGAAGAGAGGCAAGAAGAAAGACAUCAGACUGAAAGUCACUAAUUACUUUUAGCAGAAUGAGCUGUUAAAAAUAGAUUUCUGUCUUUUAUGUAUUCCAACACUAAAUAAGCUUUUGCUAAAAUAGGUUUUAAUGUGAGAUUGAUUUAAUAAGAAUUAGUGUGUCAUGAGUGCACACAAACACAUUAUUGAACUCUUCUCUUGUACUUGGAUUUUGAAGAUGGGAUUUUUAAUUCAGGAGAAGUUGUUUCUUUGAAUUAUACCUCAGAAAUUCAGAUUUUUCAAGACUUCUGAAAACGACUUGAUUUGUGUUUGUUUGUCUUUAUACCAGGCGUUAUGGGGCAGCAGCAUGAUCUGUUAAAGUGUUAGGCUGGAAGCCAAUUUUAGUUGUGAAACCAGACUUCUCGGAAAGUUAACACCCACAUACGGGUUAGGUUUGAUAUGCUAUUAAGCUGUAACACACAGGAUGUUGGGUUUGUCUGUGGCUUAACUAAAGUUUAAAAACUAAGCGGUUUAGGUUGUUUUCUUACUUUCUAUCUUCAUUUUGUGAGCAGAGCCUCAGAGAAGGACAUGCGGGACUUGUUACUGGAAGACAAAAUGACUGCAGCCAACUGCACAAAGGAAGCUAACCUUUCUAAAGAUGCAGUGCUCCUGCCUACUUUUUACAUCUUGGUAUUUGUUGUUGUGGUAGUCAUUAAUGCAUGUGGGACGAGGUGUUUGGUGCGUAACUGGAAGAAACAUCGGAUUAUUAACAUCUUUAUUAUUAACCUUGGACUAGCAAACCUGUUGUAUAUUCUCACUCACCCCUUUAUAAUCGAUCUCUACCUUAAAGGGAACAAGUGGGACUUUGGACAAUUUUUCUGCAAGGUAACAAGAUUCUGCUUUAAACUGAAUUUAUAUGGCAGCAUUGGAUUCCUCGCAUGUAUCAGUGUGUAUCGGUACCUGUCCAUCGUCCAUCCAAUGAAAGUGAUGGGGAAAAUAACUACGACUCACUCUGUGGUCAUCUCAGUCCUGGUGUGGAUUCUGGCGAGUGUUGGAAGUCUUCCAGACGUGAUCUACCCCAAACAAUCAGGGAACACCACUGAAUCCAAGGAAUGUCUUCCUGCCACUGAUAAAGAUCACAUUGAGGAAUACUUUUACUACAACCUCACCUGGACAGUCUUUGGAUUCUGCAUCCCUUUCAUCAUCAUUGCGGGCUGCUAUGGUCAUGUGACUCUUGUUAUUUGCCGCUCAAAUACGAUGACGAAGGAAAUGAAACAACAACUCUUAAAACUGUUGGUUGUUUUGAUUGUUCUCUUUUCGCUUUGUUACACACCCUACCACGUUUUGAAGAACCUCAGUGUGUAUGCCAAAGUUCGUUGUUGCAGUGGAGAGUGCCCCGAUUGGUAUGAUAAUGUCUCUAUAGCACGUUAUGUAAGUCGCGGUCUUGUGAGCCUGAACAGUGCUCUUAACCCGCUGGUUAACAUGUGUGUUUCUGAGGACGUGGGUGCUCAGUUCAGGCAGCAACUGCAGGAAUAUCGAGAAAUGUUCAGUCGCUGUUUCAAGCUGAAGUCCAGCUCUGAACCAGUACCACAGGCUGAGAAAGAGGCUGAACCUGCUUUGUGACAUGUUUUUUUUCUUUCUUUUUUGUAAAACUGACCAUGUCAUGAGUGACAUUUUUGUACAGUUCUCUAUGCUUUGUAUUUGUCUAUCUUGUUUAAUCUUUGUCAGAUGCCAUAAGAUUAAUAAUUAAAUAAAAAAAUUAAGCGAUGUUUAAUUUAAGUGUCAUUGUCACUGCUGUACUGGAAUAAUAUUAUAAGAAUUGUGAAUUUUAUUUUAACCAAUUUUAAUGAUUUUGUAAAAAUGAUUUUAGACCCUAACUGCACAUGUCAAACAUAUAAAUACAGUUUUUUUUAAAUCUUUUUUCUUGCAGAUUUUUUCUGUUUUUUCUUUAUUU